CCUGCCUCGCUAGCAUUCGGGUAUGUGUCAGGGGAAACCGUGAGCUAGACGGGUGUUGACAAGUCUCCAGGUUCGGUGCUGUCUUCGCAAUCUGCGGCUUCGGUGUAUACGUCUGAGAUCUGCUCGCGAUCAGACAGCUCAAUUCAAGAGCGGCCACACUCCAUGGCCGGCGCUCCCGUUUUUACAGCCAUUUCCACCUCGGCGAAGCAGCUCCACACCCUCCUGAAGUGCAUUGCGUUUUCCCAGCGAGCCGAAGUCCAGAUCACUCAGUCGGGCAUCAGGUUUUCGGUCGAAGAAGCCCGCGUUGUUCAGGGCCUCACUUUCCUCGAUAAAGCAUUGUUCUCGACGUACAGUCUGAACCUCAAUGACGACGAGCACUCCUUACGUCCCUUCUCAAUCUCCAUCGUCGCCCUUCUGGAGACACUGCAGAUCUUCGGUAUAGGAGACACGAGCUCAUCUUCUCGCAACCCUUAUGGAGGUAUUUCCUCCUCAUAUGGCAAUGCUUUUAGUGCGCCUGCUCUAGCAUUGGGAGGGACAUGCCGCAUCUCCUACCAAGAAGUUGGUGCGCCUCUUACAAUCACGAUUCAGGAAGGUUCGGUUACAACGACAUGCGAGAUGAAUACGUAUGAGGCACAUGAACAAUAUGAAGACGACGGCGGCAUACCUUUGGACCGCGACUCAUUGUGCUUGAAAGCUAUCAUGCAAAGUACUUGGUUGCAUGAUGCCAUCACAGAGCUCUCCGGCACGAAUCCAACUGUCCUCGUACUUAAUGCAUCGAGCCGCUCUGCACCAUACUUUGCCCUUGAGGGCGAAGGUGGCCCUUUCGGAGACAGCACUGUCGACUUUCUGCCCGAGUCAAAGAACGAACCGACACCGACUGGCACAAAAGGGAAGAAACAGCCGCUCAUUACAGAGACGUUCUCUGUGGCAGCACCAUCGGAGGGUCAUAGCAGGACCAGACAGAGAUACAAGUUCGAGAUGAUCAAGAAGGCUGGGAGAGCCAUGGCCCUUGGGAGCAAAGUGAGCAUUCGUCAGGACCAACAGGGCGUCCUCAGUCUUCAAUUCAUGAUCGACUUGGGCGACGGUGCAAAUUCUGGACCUCGACGGGACGAAAAGACUGGCGCUGCUCCACCAUCACCUGGUAGUGUUGCUUUUGUCGACUUUCGCUUCGUGCCGCUAGUUGGCGACGAAGAGGAUGCAGAGACUGAAACGGAAUCUGACUCCAACCCUGAUGGCCCUGAGGAGAUGUAGUGAAUGAAGCACAUGCGUAGAUUGCCGAUCCCUCACAAUACUGUUCAUCUGGUCUUCCUACCUCAUGAUCUCCAUUUGCUCACAUCCCUUUCUGUAGUCCUCAUCACGAAUGAUAGUGUCACACGAUAAUCUCCGAGUCGGUUGCGCAAGGUCCAGCUCAGCCUCUUGGGACCAGGACGGGCAGUUCUAUAGGAGCGUAGCUUGUGUUCACAGAUAUAGACGAUUUCUUGUUAUGUUCAUUUUGUGCAGCCAUUCAAUAUUUCCACGGACCUCCACGAUCUAGCUGACUAAAAGGAAAGCAAGCAGAAGGUUAUGGGGUAAGUAGGCGACUUGGAAUGAUUCCUCUUCCCUCUGCUUUCCCCUCCAGCAACCAUUUCACCGCUGAGAAGCGGCGUCA